GCCUUCAGAAGUCACUGAACAAGUGUUUGCUGAGCCCUUGAACAUAUACUCAGUGAGAGGAAAAUGGAGCUGAGUGCAACACUAAAGAAAUGUCAACAUGGAGAAGACAAACAGUCAUCUGAGUCAGAGGAACAGGAUCAGGUGAGCGUUGGUGUGGAUUCUGCUCUUGGACUCACAGAAGAUGCACACAAAGAGAAAAACCAACACAUCAAAAGUUUGCCAGAGAGAAAAAUGGAGGCAUUCUGUCUGUGUUUGGAGGAGCACAAAGCCCAGCUUCAUCUGACUCUGAGUUGUGUUUUGGCAGCAGGCUACGUUGCCAUGGUGAUAGCAGCAUGUGUUGUGAACUUCCACGAGGCUGUGGAACUUCUGGUCAUCUCCUUGGUAACCGUCUUCUUCCUGGGGUGGGAUUGGACGAUGGAACGCUAUGGCGACCAGGUGUGGGAAAGGUUGUCUCCGAUCAGGGAGCCUCUCAGCAGAAACUGGUUUAAGAUCCGCUGGGUCAUGUGUGGGGCAGGACUGCUGAUGGUGGUGUCCUGGCUGGUCCUGGACACAGCCAGGCAGGGAACCAGGCAGCUCGUGUCUUUCUCCGGUUUGCUUCUUCUCAUCUUCUUAAUGCUGGUGUUUUCUAAACACCCAUUCAGGUGGUCUUGGCGGACUUUGCUGUGGGGGACUGGGCUCCAGUUUAUCUUCGGUCUGCUGUUCCUAAGGACCACGUUUGGCUUAAGUGGACUGGAGUGGCUUGGAAAACAAGUGGAGGUGUUUUUGUCCUUCACAGAUGCUGCAUCGGAGUUUGUGUUUGGUGACAGUUACAUGGAUCACUUCUUUGUGUUCCAGCUGAUGCCCAUAUUGGUUUUUAUCAGCUCAGUCACUUCCAUUCUUCACUACAUCGGCUUUAUACCUUGGCUCAUACGUAAGAUUGGGUUCAUAAUGCAGGUUACCAUGGGAACCUCUCCAGCCGAAUCAAUGGCUGCAGCUGGAAAUAUCUUCCUGGGCAACAUGGAUGCGCCUCUCCUGAUCUAUCCGUACAUCAGAAAACUAACUGUAUCUGAGUUCCAUGCAGUGAUGACGGGGGGCUUCGCCAGUGUCUCUGGGACGGUUCUGGGGGCCUUCGUCUCCAUGGGGGUUGAAGCAGCGCACUUGAUGACGGCAUCAUUAAUGUCCGCUCCAGCUUCCCUGGCAAUCGCAAAAAUGUUCUGGCCUGAAACCGAGACCUCCACAGCAAUGUUGACAUUGGGGCUUGUCUUUCUCCUCAGACAGUGUAAGAAUGUGCUGGAAGCAGCCUCCCAGGGCGCACAUCGGGCUAUACAGGUUGUGGCCACCAUUAUCGUCAACAUCAUCGCCUUCAUGGCUCUGCUGGGUUUUCUUGACGCCGUCCUCUCCUGGCUGGGCGGCAUCUUCGGCUACCCGCAGCUCAGCUUCUCAUUCAUCUGCUCCUACGUGUUCAUGCCGCUCGCCUUCAUGAUGGGCGUUUCCUGGGAGGACAGCUUCAUUGUUGCUGAGCUGAUCGGCAUUAAGACCUUCCUGAAUGAGUUUGUCGCCUAUCAGAAGUUGUCAGAGCUGAUUAAGAAAAGAAAAGCUGGAGGGCCGGAGUAUGUGGACAACAUAAAGCAGUAUAUUUCUGUCCACUCUGAAGCCAUUGCAACCUAUGCCUUGUGUGGAUUUUCCAACAUUGCUUCCCUGGGAAUGUCGACUGGAGUGCUGUCUGCAAUGGCUCCAGAAAGACAAGCCGACAUUUACAGCUGUGGCCUCAGAUCUCUGAUUGCUGGAAGCGUCUCCUGUUUCAUGACAGCUUGUAUUGCAGGUAUGUUGUACAUCCCUGAUCUUCAGUGUCAACAUUUCUUGAGUUUGGAGUUCAACAACUUCAAUUUGACCAACACCUCAAGCCUGCUGAGCUGCUGCACACAACUGUACAACAGUGUGACGGUACAUGAGUUGAGGAACGUGACGAUCGGAGAAGGAUUCAGUCUGAGCAGUUUGCAGGGAUGCUGCACACACAUGCCGUCUGAACAUUUCAACUGCAGCCUGGUGCUGUGAAAAGCCCCGAACAAAGGAGAACACACACACACACACACACACACACA